CAAUAAUUGAAAUAUAACUUAACACCUUUUUGAAAAUUAAUAUUUUUUGUUUAUUUUUUUUAUUGAUACUGAUUUUUGAGUGUUUAUUCAAAAAUAAAAAAGAGGACAACUUUAGUGGCUUACUUACUCAUACACUCUUGUAAUUUUAAAUACUGUUAAAUACUUCAAUAUUUAUGAAUGUAUUAGCUACACACUGAUACACAAGACGUCCUCAUUUUACGCUACGAUCGAAACAAACUAACUCACGAUUUCUCAGUCAUCUCUUGUAACUCGUAACGAAACAAUCUCACAUACUACAUACGGGUUUUUUUUUUUUUUUUUUUUCUUUCUUUCAUUUUUAUUUUUUAUCUUAUUCAGGAUGCAGAUUGUAUUUGAAAAAAAAAUCAAAGACCAUGUGUUACACGAUUAACACAUAUGAUACAUAGUAAUUUUAAAUUUUCUAAAACAGUAAUUAUGAUUUGGAUUAUUUUGUUUGAUUAUAUUGUAUCAUCUUUGAACUGUUUUCAAUUAUUAAAUAAUCAUCACUUUUUUUAAUGAAAAUUAAAGAAGAGAAAAGAGGCAAGCUGAGUUUGGUUGUACAUACUAUAUAGUGGGAUUGAGAAGGCAGAGUUACUCUUUUAUAAACUCAUUGAGACACUAGUCAUAAUAAAUACUUGAAUACAAGACGAACAAAAUUAUUCAAGUGUAAAAAAUAUUUAUUGCAAAAAAAAAAAAAAAAUUUAAUCAUGAGACACUGUUCAAGUAAUUUUUUUUAUUUAGCAAUAAUUGGUUUAUUUGCAUUAUUUAUUGGUUCAACAAUACAUAUUUUUUGGCAAAAAAUAUUUCAAUCACUUUUAAGCAAGGAGCUGACGUUAAGAAAUAAUUCACGUAUUUUUAAUAUCUGGAAGGGUAGUAAUGAAAUAUCAAUGAAUAUGGAUUUUUAUUUUUUCAAUUGGACAAAUCCUGAAGAAUUAAAAUUACCUGGUAAAAAACCAAAUUUAAUACAAGUUGGACCAUAUAGUUUUAUUCACAAAACCGAAAAAGUCAAUAUUAUAUUUCAUCCGGAAAAUAAUACAGUCAGUUAUGAUACUCGAAAAUUUUGGUAUUUUAAUCCUAGCAAAAGCAAUGGAACAUUGAAUGAUAAAAUAUUUCAUCUAAAUGUCGUCGCUGUUACAGCUGCAAAUAAAGUACGAUACUGGUCAUCAUUUUAUCAAAGUUCAUUGUCAUAUUUACUAAAUAAAUUAUCUGAAAUUCAUGUUGUUAAAACAGUUGAUGAAUUACUCUUCAAAGGUUACGAUGAUUCAAUAAUAAAUAUGGGAAAAAUGGCUAUGGGAAAUGUUGAUAAUAUGCCACCAUAUGAUAAAUUUGGUUGGUUUUAUUUGAGAAACGGUUCAACGUUAUUUGAGGGUAAUUUUAAUAUGGCAACUGGUGAGGAUGAUAUUAAAAAUAUUGGUAAAGCUAAAAAUUGGAAUUAUAAAAAUAAAACAUCAUAUUAUAAAUUACCUUGUAAUGCAGUUGAAGGUAGUACAGGUGAAUUUUGGCCACCUGGAAGAGACAAUAAUGAUAUUAGUAUUUUUAGUGCUGAUUUAUGUAGAUCAGUAACAUAUGAAUAUACUGGUAAAACAAUAAAUCAUGGUAUUGAAGGUAAUAAAUAUGAAAUGGGUGAUAAAACAUUGGCUAAUCAUACACUACGACAUUAUACACAUGAAAAAACAAAAUAUUUUGAUAAAAUAACAACAACUGAAGAUUUUUUUAAUGUUGAACAUUCAAUAAUAAAUAUUAAAAAUAAUAAUAUUAAUAAUUCUUUAAAUUAUGAUACAAUUGAUAUGGGUAAAUGUUUUUGUAAUGGUGAAUGUAGUCCAUUGGGACUUAUUAAUGUUACGGCUUGUCGUUAUGGUGCACCUGGUUUUAUAAGUUUACCACAUUUUCACAAAGGUGAUCCUGUAUUGCGUCAACAGGUUAAUGGUUUACAGCCAAAUGAUAAAGAUCACAGUUUUUAUAUAACACUAGAACCAAAUACAGGAAUACCUCUGGAUGUUGCGGCUCGACUUCAAGUUAAUAUUUUACUUCAACCAUCAAAUACCAUUGAUUUAUUUAAAAAUGUACCAAAAAUAUAUUUACCAAUAAUGUGGUUUGAUUUACGAGGUGGUACAACUGAUAAUUUAGCUUCAUCAUUACGUCAAAUUUUGUGGUUGAAUAAAAUUGGAAUUUAUGGAAGUACAAUUUUAGCAAGUAUUGGAGGACUUAUGCUUAUUAUCAUAGGAGUGAUGCAAUACUUAAAAUCCAGACAAAUUAAUGAUCAAAAUACCAGGAAAUUAAAUAUGAUUCAGGGUAAUGUUCAAACAGAAAAAGUUUAUAUGGAAAUUGUGGCAAAAAAUGACGAGAAUCAAAGAAAUGAUUGUCAGCUUUAUUCGAAAAAUUAAAUUAAAAAAAAAAACUAUUAAAAACAUUUUGUUUUCGAAAUAAGAUAAGUUUGUUUUUUUGAUAUAAUGAAUAUUUGCUCACAAUGAACAAAAUAUUAAUUUAAAUUCAAAGUGUCUUUUAUACAUUGUAAGUGAACAAAAAGUGUUUAUAAUAUAAAUUAUAUGGUCAGAUUAAGUGUCCAGAAAAAGCAUGACAGCAUAUUAGAAAAAAAUCAAAAUGAAAGUAAAACUAUAGAUUUUUUAAAAGCUAUUAUUGUAUAAAAAUAGAUAUAUGUAUAUAUUAAUACUCAAUUAAUCAUUUAAUUAUAUAUAUUGUUUUUUAAAUUAUAAAAAAUCAGCUCUUUUUAAUUAUUUUUUAAAUUUAAUUUUUGUGUUUUUUAAUUGGUGCGUAUUAUAUUCGCAAUGCACCUUGUCAUAAAACGUCAAUUAAAUCAAUAAAUUUUGUUAUUUUAAUUAAUUUAUACUUGAUGAA